AUGAAAUUCCUCGCCGCAUGUUUGACGCUCAUUAGCGUCUCGCCCUGGACAGUGAACGCACUACCCAGAGCUGAAGAGCUCACAGUCCUUGCCUACAGAGCCUGGGACUUCCGUUUCCUCAGCGAGGCACCACCGGUGUGCAACAGCUCCGUGAACAAUAUCGAAUACUCCAUUCUCCACUACUCUGGUGCACAACGGCGUGACUGUCAGGUAUUAAAUCUUGCGGAAUUCAACUCGACAAACGUCAAGAGUAUCUCGUGGAAGAGCCCGUCGGACGUGAACCGAUAUGAUCUUUGCAUGUUCAGCUCGCCUGACUGUUCCGGUGGGGAAGCUGCCUUGCUGAGCAGCAUUACCAAUGGAUGGGAUGUGUGCUAUUUAUACAAUGGGUUCGAGUCGUGGACUAUUAUUCCGAAUGGGGAGGCAUGUGUUCCAGAUGCGGGUGCUAGUGAUGAAGGCGGGAAGGAAUAG